AUGGACUUGCUUAAGGAGGAGAAACAAAGAACUCAACCCAUCUUCCUGCCCUCAGAUUCCACAAAACUCCACAUGGUAGAAAUUGAGAUAGAAUUGAAGAAGAGCAAAGCAGAUGGCCGAGAGAUAGCGCAGUGGGAAGAUUCUUUGGCAACAGAUGGUUUCCUUGUGGAUUACUUUAAUGAAUUCUUAAGUCUGCCUACUUUUCCAGAGGCAAUUCGAUUUAAUGCAGAUUAUAGCAUUUUUGAAGUUAUUAACAAUGCUCCACAACUCCUGGAAAAGCAACUGAAAAGAAUCCUGAAAACACAGCAGCCUCGAAAUCCUGUCUACGAUGUUAUAAGAAGAGGAAAGUCUGAUGUGAAACCCCUUCAAAAGAGUGGCCCCCAUGAGGACGAGACUGUAAAUGUCAACUACAGUAUCAUGUGUCUCAGCCGAGAGGAAGGGAUUACAUGGGUCAAGAAAGAAAGACUUCCAGCAUUUCUGGAAAGCGACUGCUACUUUGAGUACAGGCUAGCCAAAUUGAUCUCCCAAGCAAGAUGGAGUCGAACAGGCAUGAAUGUGACAAUAGGUACAGACUUUUCUCCAUGGCUGCAGAAUAAACCACCCAGUCAACCACCUCCUGCCACUGAAAGUGAUGAUACGAUAAUUAUGAAAAAGUUCUACGUUUCUUUGGGCGAGGCCUCCUAUUCCCAAACAAAAAGUUGGUUUGACUUGGCUAAGCAAAGCCAGAAGACUAUGACAAACUUCUUACCUGCUUCCAUUUGCUACAACAAAAUUGAAGUGCCAGCACCAACCAUCACAUCUGUGACUGAGAGUUCCAUCUUUGAUUACGGACUUCAAUCCUGGACAGAGAAAGGCCUCCCUAUGACUGAAAACUUGCUUUCUCAUCUUGAAGAGGAAUAUGGGUCUACAUCUCUACAAGACACAGCAUCUCAAGCGCUCCUAAGAAUCUACCUCGAAGCCCAGCGGGAUGAUGAGGAGCACGUGACCUUGCAUUUCAAAAAUUGUGAAGAGUUUUUAAAAUCUUACAUCUUACAUAUUUUGAAAGUAGCAAUGUACCAGGUCCUGGGGUCGCCCUGUCCAACAUGGCCCAAUGACGUAGAUUUCACCAAUGUCUCUCAGGUAGUGGUGGAAGAGAUUAAGCCGCGACAUAAACAGGACCAGGAACCUCUGCCAGAAGAAGGAGCCGAGAUCCCCAUGCAGAUGCCAGCAGAGUUAGCUGAGAAGGAAAGUUCAAAAAGUGAGAGCUUGGCCUCGGAAAGCAGGGCUGCCUGGUGCAUGUCUCAUCGGACCUAUGACAUUGGCAACAGGAAAGAGUUUGAGAGAUUUAAAAAAUUCAUCAAAGGCACCUUGGGCGAGAAAUACUGGUGUCUGUGGAUGGAUAUUGAGAGAUUAAAGGCAUUGAAGCACUCUGGAAGACAUCAAAGACAUCUCGAGAAGAUGAAGAAAUUCUACCUGGUGAGUAGUGGAGAUUGCUACCUUUCCAUGGAGAUCUUAACCAAGUUUAAACUGCUGGAUGGGUCUCAGUGGAAUGAAGAGCAUUUAACUGAUAUCCAGUCUGAGGUGGUCAAACCCUUACUUCUGUAUUGGGCACCUCGGUUCUGUGCCACUCACUCACGAUCCACCAAGUCUGCCAGUGCCAAGCUCAAGUUCUGGCAUGUCCGCCAGGAGAGACCCAGGAAGGAUGUGGAUCCCUUCCCACAGAUGGCCACACUGCUGCCACUGCGGCCCAAAUCUUGCUUUCCUCGGAUUGCUGAGAUGCAGAAAGAACAGUCCUCUGCAGUACAGCCUCCAAAAUCUCCCAGGAAGACUCUUCUCCCCAAAACAGCAGCUCAAAAAGCCUUUAAGAGUGAGCCUUCAAGUCAACCUCCUCCUAAGGAAGAUCUGACUGACAGAGACUCCAGGUACAAGACUGAGUGCAACAGGGUCUUCCGACUGACAUCCUUCACAGACAUUUCUGAGUGUCUGAAGCCCGAGCUGGAAAGAAGGUUUACGUACACUGAAGAGACUGUGAAAUCCUCAGCUAAUGGUGCCCUGGGAGGAUCUGACAUGGAGCGUUUGCUGCAGUCUCUUUAUGUAGAAACUCGAGCUGGAUUUUUCUUUACUAAAUUCUGUGAACAAACUGGAAACAAGCUAUGGAUGAACUGUGUCUAUUUCUGGUUUGAUCUCCAGACUUACCAUCAACUCUUCUACCAAGAAACACUUCAGCCUUUUAAAAUAUGCAAACAAGCCCAAUACCUUUUUGCAACAUAUGUGGCUCCUUCAGCACCUUUUGACAUCGGGCUCCAAAAGGAAAAGAGAGGAGAAAUUUACAAGCAGAUAUACCCACCUUUUGAAGACCUUUUCGACACAGCAGAGGAAUAUAUCCUGCUCCUACUCCUAGAGCCCUGGACAAUGAUGACCAACGCAGACAUGGACACUUACAAGCAGGUAAAACUGGUUCAAGAGACCCGACAGUUGGACUCCGCAUACUUCCGAAAGCUGCAGGCCUUGCAGAAAGAGACAGUGUUUAAGCAAACCGAGGAAGCAGCAAUGGAUGUUGGACAUGGGUUUUUACAACUUCCUAGUAUUUCUAAGCAAACAGAAUAUUGGAAUAAUGUUCCUGAAGAAUUUAAAGGUUUUACUUUUAAUGAUUUGCUUAACAACAAACUGGAAUUUGAACAUUUCCAUCAGUUUCUUGAGACUCAUUAUUCAAGCAUGGACCUUAGGUGCUGGAUGGAAAUUGAGCAGUUUCGAAGAAUACCAUACAUAGAUCGCAGUCAAAGGGAGGCAAAAUCUGUACUCAUUAAAAACAAAUACCUGAAUAAAAAAUAUUUCUUUGGACCCAAUAGUCCUGCUUCUCCGGAUCAGCAGAACCAGAUCAUGUUGUUAAAUGGCGGCUGGGGCCAGAUUCUGCACGAGCACCUGGACGCCUCUGUUCUCCUGGAGAUCCAGAAGCAUGUACUGAAGCGGCUGGAAAAUGUGUGGCUGCCCUUGUUUCUUGCAAGUGAACAGUUUGCAGGGAGACAAAAGAUAAAGCCUGUGGAGAGUAAGUGGAUAUCUUCAUCUGGUGAAAUCAUCGCUUUCCGUAAAGCAUUAUUGAAUCCAAUCACCGCCAAACAAUUUCAGCGAUUUGUGUCUCUAAAAGGAGAUUUAUUGGGAAAUGGGGUACUCUUUUGGCAAGAAGUACAAAAAUAUAAGGACCUGUGCCAUUCUCACUGUGAUGAGGCCACCAUCCAAAAGAAGAUCACAAUGAUCAUCAACUGCUUUAUUAACUCCACAAUCCCCCCAACUCUACAAAUCGACAUCCCACAAGAGCAAGCCCAGAAGAUCAUGGAGCACAGGAAGGAGCUGGGACCAUAUGUGUUCCGAGAGGCCCAGAUGACAAUAUUUGGGGUCCUGUUUAAGUUUUGGCCUCAGUUUUGUGAAUUUAGGAAGAAUUUAACGGAUGAAAAAGUUCUGAGUGUUUUAGAGAGAAGGCAGACAGUUAAGCAGAAAAAGAAAUCGGUGCUGGAAGAUGAAAAGUUUACAAAGGAGAGCUCAAAACAUCGUGGAAGUAUUUCAGGGUCUGCACCCAAAGCUGGUACAUUGAACAGUGAUACAGGACUGGGCAUGUCAGUCUACGGAAAGCAGCCAACCUGGUGUUACUCAAAGUACAUAGAAGCCUUAGAACAGGAGAAGCUGCUGCUGAAGAUUCAAGAGGAACUGGAGAAAUAAUUGUUUGCAGAUUAUGAAGCAGAACAGCACUUCUCUGAUCUUGGCGUAACUGGGCUGACCAGGCCUCACCAUGGAUUCUGGAAAAACCUAGGCUUCUGCGGGCAGGACUCAGAUGCCUACAAAAUAGACUCCAUUCUCAUCUUCCCUUGGAUGGCAGCUUCUCCAUUCUUCCCUCAGCAGCAGGCGAAGAGCAGAACCCCAACUUCUCUUGAAAUGCCAAAGUUCAUGAGCCGGAGCACAACUUCCGGGUUCAAUGGACUGGUUUGGCCACAUCUGUUUGCUAAGUAUAAACUGGGGGUGAUGAAAAGGAUGUUUUGUGACUCUGUGCUGGAGUUGUAG